AAAAAAAAAAAGGACAGGGAGAGGGAGGGUGAGAUAGACGAGGGGGGCUGGAAAACAUCUGUGAUAUUCCACUACAGAGCAUGCAGGCUAAUUCUGUCAUUUUAUGCAUGUGUGUACAUCACAUGCCAGUGGCAGCCCGUCUCAGAUUCAAGUCCUCCAGUUCCAACAUUGUAGAUGGUCACACCAAGUUAUCAUACCGAUUCUGAUUAAUGAACCCAUCUGCGGUUUCUUUACCAAAUAAGAAUUACGGGUUUUCAAAAUAUACAUAGGCUUCAAAGCAUUUUAUUGACGAAAAGACGUGACAUGUAGAUACUAUUAUAGUUUUCGUGUAAUUUUUGGAACCUUUAUUUAUGAAUUUUUAUUUUUGUUUUAGUUUAGUUCAGUGUUAUAACCCUGAUUACAGUCUGACUGGAAAAAUGUUGAAAUACUGUAAAUAAAUAGGUUUAGAAAUGUGUCAUUUUAUGUAAUUUUAUAUUGGUGUGUCGAUGUUGGUAACAGGGUUAUUAAAUUUAAAUUCAAAUUAAAUUUUAAUUCAAAUUUUAUUUGUCACAUACGCAUACAUACGUGGUACGACAUGCAGUGAAAUGCUUUUUACAGCCGUCCAGCGUUAUUGUAGUUAUCUAAAAUAAAACCAUAACGGUUGCUUAAAAUAUGCAAAAUAUUUAAUUUGAGCUAUUUGCCAUAGCAGCAUUUCUCAUGUUAAUUUAUAAUAGACAAAAACAACUAAAGUACGCAACUAAUACAUUAACGCAAAAAUAUAACAACUCAAAAUAUAAUGGUAUAACUUUGGAUCAGUCAUACAGUCUGUAUCUUCAAAAUCAUUUAUAUAUGAGUAUUAAAGCAUAAUAAGAGACUUGCUCGUGGUUGUCAAAAGCAAAAAAAAAAUGCUAUGGAACUUGAAUCUUAUUUUGCGAGAAAAGCAAAUCGCAUAUUUUGAACUUUGCCACUCUGGUAUCAUCACACCAGAAUGGUUAAGAAACAGAAGUAUUGGGUUUCCUCCUUGGUGUUAUCAAUAAAUAAAUGGGAGUAGUUCAACAUUGCCUCUGGCACGACACCCUGUCAUUUCAAUGUCAUUUCUAUCCAUACUGUUUUGUUUUCUCUGUCCAUUUGAGGCCGGGGGAAACAAAGGCGGCGCUGGCAGUAGUAACAGGCUAAUAUUGGCUACAGAGGGCAGCUGACUGGCUGCCUCAUGUAUAUUUAGCUCAGGGCCAAUACAUGGGAGAGGUGUAACAGACAUUGGCUGGCAUUCCCUUCUCCUAAAGGCGUGUGUGUGUGUGUAUGUGUGUGUGUGUGUGUGUGAGAGAUAGAGAGAGGCGGGGAGAGAGAGCAGUAGUGCGGGACCGUCUCAGAUCACUUCUCUGUGCUAUUGGAGGUAGACCGUAGCCGGCAGCAUGAUUCUGUUCACACUUGGACUAUAUUUUCAACUCCUCUGCUAUGUGGCGUCAUUCUCUUACGUGGAUAAUAUAUUCCCUCGUCCAACAGAUCUCCAGUUGCUGGAAACCAGGAAGAAAUUCAACCCCUGCUGUUUACUGAGUCCACCUCCGCCCCCUCUCUUCCCUCCUCCCCCUUCACUGUGGCGGCAGGACCCUCUGACUGAGACGGUUGUUCCACCCAGUGUCCCAUACAAUCCGGCACCUCACACAUGCUCCCCAGGGCCUCAGGGACCAGAAGGACCUCCCGGCCCUCAGGGUCCUGCUGGACUGCCGGGACCAAAGGGACCAAAGGGAGAUAAGGGUGAAAUUGGAAGACCCGGACAAAAGGGACGCACUGGCCCUCCUGGUCUCCCAGGACGACAAGGACCAAGUGGAUGGCAAGGACCAAGUGGACCUAAGGGGGAGAAAGGCGAUCCUGGGCUGAUGGGCAUGCCAGGGGCAAGAGGACUAAUUGGGCCUAAGGGCUUACCUGGUCAUAAGGGAGAAAAAGGCUCGCAAGGUUUCAGAGGUGAAAUUGGCUUAAAAGGUGACAAGGGAACAAUGGGCCUUCCUGGAAUGCUUGGCCAGAAGGGUGAAAUGGGCCCAAAAGGUGAACCUGGAAGCUCAGGGAACAGGGGACCCACUGGCCGGCCAGGAAAAAGAGGAAAGCAGGGUGCAAAAGGUGACAUUGGUACAACUGGACCCAUGGGUCCUGCAGGCCCUCAGGGGGCCCCCGGUCACCCUGGACCUCCUGGUCUGCCCGCAUCAGGACUGUACAUGGUAGGACAGAAAGGAGAGAAGGGACAACCUGGCAGCCCGGGACGCUGCGGCUGUAAUGCCCCCUCCUUUGACCACUGGGGCAGCUAUCCCAGAGUGCCUGCAAUCUUUGUGGUGAAUAACGAACAGGAACUGAACCGUCUCCAGACCGAUAAUGCAUUGGCCUUCCGUAAAGAUCAGAGGUCUCUUUACUUCAAAGACAUUGAUGGCUGGAUGCCAAUUCAGUUAACACCGUUCCAGUCGAUGGAGCGUGAUCCCGACCAGGAAGGUUUCUGCGGAGACAGCAUCGUGCAAGUUGAGAACGGAGAGGAGUGUGAUGACGGAAAUAAGGUGGUCACAGAUGGCUGUGUCAAGUGCAAACUUGCAUAUUGUGGGGAUGGAUAUCGCUAUGAAGAGGCAGAGGAGUGUGAUGGAAAGGAUUUUGGCUUUCACACAUGCAGGUCCUUUUUGCCUGGAUCUUAUGGACAUCUCAAGUGCACAGCUGACUGUUUCAUUGACUCAACAAACUGCAAGUAUUUCACAUGAGGACAAAAAUAGUAGUGUCUCGUUUGAGCUGGCGAGAUCCGUAUAAACGACGACACUGAAAACCAUAGAUUCAGUGGAUAAACUGAGAGUAGAAAUCUUUGAUGGAAUUAUCACAAACACAUUAGCUGAACUCUGUUGACAUGAUGCUGAGAGACCAUGUAGCUCACUCGGGAAAGGAACGCAUGGCAAAGCCACGUUUGUGCUCGCGCUCUUAAGAACUCUAACAGGACUUCAGACACCAUUCUCCAUUCAUUCAGCCUCUGCUUCCUGCCACUCGGCCCUGGCUCGACAUUUGGCCAGCGUGGUUGGCUGAACUAAGAGGAAACAGGUGAGUUAGUUGCCUCUUGGGGAUGGGUAAAGGACUUCUCAAUACCUCAAAGUACUGUAGUACUGUUUCAGAGGAAAGCCAUUUUCUCCUGGUCCACCCCACCUUCCCUCACAUAGGGUGCUCUUUAUGUGGAAUGCAAUGUGAUGUUGUUACUAUAGUAUUUUGCAUGAGGCUGAGAUUGCUGUAGGCAGCAUUACCAAGGCAUGUAACUGAAAAACAAAAGUGGCUCAUAUCUUUAAAUGUAGGGUUAGACCAAACUGGUGCUUGGCCUUGUAAGAAACCUAAUAAUUUAAAUAUUUUAAAUAACACUGAUGUACAUUAGGUUUAGUACAGUUUUGAAUACUGGGUCCAAAAUUAACUUGUUGCCACACAGCCCAAUAAUGGGUAAAUUGAAGAUAAAAUUGAAUUUAAGAACUCAUAAAAUGGCAAAAUUAUGAGCCAAAUGACUGUUUAAUUGAAUAACAUCGCUUGAUGGUUGUUCUGAAGAGCCAACAUACCAUGUACAGUACCAACAUUCAGUGUCUUCAAUAUCAAUCAUAAACAAAACAUUACUCAAAGCUCAAUGAGGCAAUCAUUAAUAUCGCUGAACAAUUAAAUGCCUGAGUACGAUUUGAACACCAUACUCAAGAAUAAAUUCAAGGCAGUGUCAAAAAGAAAUGUUUACCGAUAGAAAUGUUAGGUAAGUUGUCCCAACAAAAGAUAGCAAAGUUGCGACUGGACUGGGAACGUAUAUUCUAAUUGGAAUUCAUACUAUUAUGAUUAUUUUUGUUGCAAAGUGGACGUCACAGUUUGCAGUUUGUUGUCGCUUUCAAGAAACACGAAAUGACAUAUGGAAGCAUAUUAAGUAGACUUCAAAUUUUGUUGAAAUAAGGUACAUUUUUGUCACCAUUUUACUCACCCUUAUAUAAAAUGCUACCUCUUAUAAACCAUUUAUACACUCAUUUUUUGCAUUGUUGCAGUGACCCAAAUGGCCAGUAAAACCACUUACUUAAGCACCAAAUUCACAUUUUACUUCAGUUUGGCACAUAACAGGUGUUACUUUUGGACCCUGGGGAUAAAAGUUGUGCUUUCAAAGACUGUUUAAUGUAAAGGUUGCAUAAAUGUACUUAAACACUAACCAUAAUAAUACUACUGACUGACAAUAUUUAGAAUUUUUAAGAUUAGAAGACCCUGCUUUCCAGGCUCUCUGUUUGAUUUAUGGGGUCACACUUAGUUAACAUUUCCAACAUAUCUCAGGAAACCACUUAAAUAUAUCCAUAACUCCUCCACCUCCAUGCGUGGAGUAGGGUGCACAUAUUCCACAGUUUAGCUUGGUUUCACACAUUUGUUUGGUACUUCAAGAUCUUGAAGCAAAGCAAACACUGCUUAUUUAUCGGGUUAUGGGUCUGAAGAUCUUAAAAUAGGGAGGAAAAGCCAAUCUUACGAGGAAAUCUUAACUAUUUUACAAGGUGGCGAUUUGUAAGCAUGAAGCUCUAUCCCUAAACCUAACCAUCAGUGGGGCUUAGGCAGAUUCAGAAUUUAUUCAAUAUUGUAAUUAUUCGCCAAAACGCAAAAUAGUUUGGAAUUGCCAUGAGGUUGUGUUGGAAAAAAACCAUUCAUUAUGUGAAGGCUCUAAAGCUGUUAUUGAACAUUUUGUACUGUCUGCUAUUGCAGGGGUAGCAUUUUGCUGCUAUUCAGGCUAAAGACUGUUGGAUUAAGGCUGGACUGUUUUUGUCGUCCCAAAGGCUUUAAACUGAUUUAUGCCAAAGUCCAGUCUGAAUAUACCUCAGCAUAUACGAUGUGCUUUAGCCUUUGUGAUUACAGGACCUGAGGUGUAGCAUACAGCACUUACUUACUGUUAAAUUCAGUGAAAUCUUGCUUAAGUAUCGUUGAGUUUUUUGAUCAAGCCAGUUUUCCAUAAGCUAUAUGAUGCAUUUGCUACAGAAACCUCUUUGCUUACAUUUCUGGGGUGAUAUUCCUGACUUACCUGUAGAUUUCAUGUAAAAUAUUAUGGAUAUAUUAUCGAAAAUAAGUGUCUUGAAUUUAUUAUUCUGGUGAAACUGCAUGUUUAUAUUGUAUACUCUUGUUCAAAGGAGCAAAAUUGCCAUAUACGUUGAUGGCUUAUGACAGGCAGGUGUUUUAGGAGUUAAAGUGUAUUUAGCUUGUAACUGACUGUUAUCCUCAGAUUUGUACAAAUGGAGGAAAGAUGUUAACAUCAAAUAUUGCACAACAAAUACAAAAGAGACUGAAUGUUUUGUCCUAGUGUCAUUUAAAAGCUGUUCUCAGUAUUAAAACCUGUUUGAUACUGUCCUGCAAUGAUGUUAAAAUAAAGCUUGAAAAGCUAA